AUGAGUGAUCUUAAUGGUUUCCUUAACAAAAAUCCUAAUAUGCAAAUACCGCUUACUCCUGCCCAUUUUUCCAAAAUCAAUACUUGCGGUCUGGAAGGCUUAUCUGAAAAUGAACGAAAUAUAUAUUUUAUGCAAAGUACAACAGAAGAAUAUUCUACUGAGGACCCUUCACAAGAAUUAACUAAGAAAUUCAAAGAAUGGACCUACGGAGGUUCUCCGUACCUCUUUGGUUAUUAUGCUACUGAGGUGCCAGAUUUUAUUACAAUAUAUCGACCAAAUGGAACUGUUACUGAACUCGGAUAUAGCGUUAAGAAAAUAUUUAAAGAAGUCUCGGUUAAGCAUUUAGUAGAAAUUUAUAAAACGCUACGUGAGAAUAAAGUUAGAUACAAUGACAAAUUGGAACAUUCCACUUCGCAUUGUGUUUAUUUGGCACCAUGUGAAUUGCAACGAACACCAACCAAUCUCAAAGAAUUAUUGCAAGCGUUAAUUUGUAUACUGACGUGUCUAAAGGAGAUGCAUGGAAUUAAACCCAAUCCACUUAUGCACAGAGAUGUUCGAUGGCCAAACAUUGUUCGCUAUAAGGAUGAAUAUAAAAAAUUCAUUUUAAUUGACUUUGAUUACGCAACAUUUGGCAAGGGAAAAAAAGGCAUCGCAAAAAAACUUUAA